AUGAAUGGGCCGGCAUUCAGUCAGUGUUCAAAUGAUACGUGGAAUCUCUACCAGGCGAACGGGUUCUUUUGCUGUGAGACCGACCAAAUAGGCUUCACGAGCACAGAAACCGCGACAGACGGGUUUUACGGCUGUGCAGAGGAUAGCACCUUUGACAAUACUAUUAUGCGCUCAUUGAGCAUCAUAAAAAUGGCUACUGAAUCGACUUCAACAUCAGCCUCAUCGUAUUCAUCAACAACGGCCCCCUCGGUAACAACCACCCCUUCGACGACUAAUACCUCCUCGACAACACCUAUAUCCGCAGCCAAACAAAGCACUCCAGACGCAAAAGGGAUCGCUGGAGGCGUGGUAGGUGGUGUUUGCGCAUUCGCUCUCAUUGCUGGGAUAAUCUGGCUUAUAAUUCGUCGUCGCCGAUCGCAAGCAUCCGCCAAAGGAGAAAAGUCCCAUCUGGAACCUGACGACCCAAGCAACCAUUCAGACUCUCCGCUAACUGGUGCCUCAUCGUCUUAUUACGAGGCACACGCGUUAUCGGAGCUUCCAUCAGACAGCCAACCAGGAAUACCAUCUGAAGCACUAGGGGAGAACAAACCGCGCUUUGAGAUGCCUGUGGAUAAUCGAGCGAGAUCUGAACUUCCUGCAACCCGCCAACCGCCCUCCGAGCUUCCUUAG